AUGCAUCUCAUCAACACACUCCUUCUCGGCGCCGGUGCCGUCUCAAUGGCCAGCGCAGCAACCACACCACAAUACCUCACUCUGGGCACUCUAAACUCCAACAUGCCUAGCGGUAUCCAGACACCUGCCUACUCGACCAUCAGCUUCCCCAUCACCGACUCCAAGACCAAAGCUUCUACCACCUGCACCAUCCAAUGGGACUGGACCAAGAAACCUUCCACCUCAUGGACACCCUGCAAAGACAACUCUUUCUCCAUCAAAGUCUCCAACUACAAGACCAUGACCGAUUUCCAACUUGACCUCCAACAUCAGUACAACACCAAGACCGGCAAGAAGUGUGUGAACCCUAAUGGUACAGGAUGUACCACUACCUUGGCUUCGACGACGGUUUCAAAGAAUGCGGCGGGUUUCCAGACUUAUUGUGGUGCUUCGGGGGCUUGUGGUGCUGUGGGUAAAAAGGGUGUCAAGGUGCCUGUUUCUUCGUCUAAGACUGGUACGCAGAAGUAA